AUGUCCACAUUCUGCAUGCCUCUUGUAGAAGGACUGUACAACAUUGCGGCCAGCAAGCAGGCACCCACCAAGCAAGUACAGCAAUAUUUUUCAGAUCUUCUGGAGCGCCUAGACACGUUUAUUUCGAUCAUAGGCAGACUGGAAGGAGACCUGCUGCCGGACUGUCUCAAGUCGAUGGGCGAGAUCUGGACGGUUAUCUCUGAGAUCCUGGAGCAAUAUGGGAGCAAGAAGGUCACUGCAGGCUUCGAGGCUUCCGGCUGCUCCAACUAUCUCUGGAUCACUUCCAAGAUCGUCGCCGCUUUCCCUGAAGUGACCGAUCCUAACUUUCUCUCGGCUGUCCAACUUGCCUUCGAACGCCAGAGUAAUCGUGUGUUCCCUCUUCUCAACGAGAAAAAUGCUUCCACAAUCUCUGAUGAUCCUGAUCCCUUCGAACUGUUCUUCCCACUGGUGCUGACAUGUCUCGAGUUCUUCGAUCCCGAGCCGAUAUUCACGAGUCUGAACUACAUCCGAGAGAUCCUUGGGCACUCGAGUCUAGAGCUACAGGCGGCAGCCUCAUCAUCAUCUGGGGCAGGGGGGAAGCCCGGGUCGGCGAAGAGCAAUGCUGCUCCUGGCUCGAAUCAGAUGUCUAAUCCGGUCGCUCCGGCGGGCUACGAUCUGCUUAUGGCCGACUUUUAUCCCACCCAAUUGGCGUCUUGGGUCCCCUCAGUCAUCGAACGUUUGCCCCCCAAGGUCGCCACUAUCCCUGAUAAGGAGAAAUUCCUCCUCGCUUUUAAACAGUAA